AUGAGGCUGCCCCGCGCUCUGCUCCCCCUGCUGCUGCAGGCCUGCUGGGCCUCUGCGCAGGACGACACCCUGGCAUCGAGGGCCAUCGCCUUCCAAGACUGCCCUGUGGACCUGUUCUUUGUGCUGGAUACCUCCGAGAGCGUGGCCUUGAGGCUGAAGCCCUAUGGGGCCCUGGUGGACAAGGUUAAGUCCUUCACCAAGCGCUUCAUUGACAACCUGAAGGACAGGUACUACCGCUGUGACCGCAACCUGGUGUGGAAUGCGGGCGCGCUGCACUAUAGCGACGAGGUGGAGAUCAUCCGCGGGCUCACGCGCAUGCCCAGCGGCCGCGACGCGCUCAAGAGCAGCGUGGACGCCGUCAAGUACUUCGGGAAGGGCACCUACACGGACUGCGCCAUCAAGAAGGGUCUGGAGGAGCUGCUCGUGGGGGGCUCCCACCUGAAGGAGAACAAAUACCUGAUCGUGGUGACUGAUGGGCACCCUCUGGAGGGCUACAAGGAACCCUGCGGGGGCCUGGAGGAUGCUGUGAAUGAGGCCAAGCAUCUAGGCAUCAAAGUCUUCUCCGUGGCCAUCACGCCAGACCACCUGGAGCCACGUCUGAGCAUCAUCGCCACAGACCACACGUACCGGCGCAACUUCACGGCGGCCGACUGGGGGCAGAGCCGCGACGCCGAGGAAGUCAUCAGCCAGACCAUCGACACCAUCACGGACAUGAUUAAAAAUAAUGUGGAGCAAGUGUGCUGCUCCUUCGAGUGCCAGCCCGCCAGAGGACCCCCCGGGCCUCGAGGCGACCCCGGGUACGAGGGAGAACGAGGGAAGCCGGGGCUCCCGGGAGAGAAAGGAGAAGCUGGAGAACCUGGAAGACCUGGGGACCUCGGACCCGUCGGCUACCAGGGCAUGAAGGGAGAAAAAGGGAGCCGAGGGGAGAAGGGCUCCAGGGGACCCAAAGGCUACAAGGGCGAGAAGGGAAAGCGUGGCAUGGACGGCGUGGAUGGCAUGAAGGGGGAGACAGGGUACCCUGGCCUGCCAGGCUGCAAGGGCUCACCCGGAUUCGACGGUGUCCAAGGACCCCCCGGGCCCAAGGGCGACGCAGGUGCCUUCGGACUGAAAGGAGAGAAGGGUGAGCCCGGAGCAGACGGGGAGCCUGGGAGGCCAGGGAGCACGGGGCCCCCCGGAGAUGAGGGUGAGCCCGGAGAGCCCGGUCCCCCGGGAGAGAAGGGAGAAGCCGGCGAUGAGGGAAAUGCAGGACCAGACGGAGCCCCCGGAGAGAAGGGAGGCCCUGGGGAAAGAGGACCUCGAGGGACCCCAGGUGCUCGGGGCCCAAGAGGAGACCCGGGUGAAGCUGGACCCCAAGGUGACCAGGGACGAGAAGGCCCCGUCGGUGUCCCCGGUGACCCGGGCGAGGCUGGCCCCAUUGGGCCGAAAGGAUACCGAGGUGAUGAGGGGCCCCCAGGGACCGAGGGCCCCAAAGGAGCUCCGGGGCCUGCAGGCCCCCCUGGAGACCCCGGGCUGAUGGGUGAGAGGGGUGAAGACGGCCCCCCCGGGAAUGGCACCGAAGGUUUCCCCGGCUUUCCCGGCUAUCCAGGCAGCAGAGGUCCUCCUGGGAUAAACGGUACCAAAGGCUACCCCGGCCUCAAGGGGGACGAGGGAGAAGCCGGGGACCCCGGAGAGGACAAUAAUGACAUUGCUCCACGAGGCCCUAAAGGAGCAAAGGGCUACCGAGGUCCUGAAGGCCCCCAGGGACCCCCAGGACACGUGGGACCACCAGGGCCAGACGAAUGCGAGAUUUUGGACAUCAUCAUGAAAAUGUGCUCUUGCUGUGAGUGCAAGUGCGGGCCCAUCGACAUCCUCUUCGUGCUGGACAGCUCCGAGAGCAUCGGCCUACAGAACUUCGAGAUCGCCAAGGACUUCAUCGUCAAGGUCAUUGACCGGCUGAGCAGGGACGAGCUGGUCAAGUUUGAGCCUGGGCAGUCGCAUGCAGGCGUGGUACAGUACAGCCACAACCAGAUGCAGGAGCACGUGGACCUGAGGGACCCCAACAUCAGGAGUGCCCAGGACCUCAAGGAAGCCAUCAAGAAGCUGCAGUGGAUGGGCGGGGGCACCUUCACGGGCGAGGCCCUGCAGUACACCCGGAGCCGGCUGCUGCCGCCCACCCAGAACAACCGCAUCGCCCUGGUCAUCACGGACGGCCGCUCGGACACCCAGAGGGACACCACCCCACUCAGCGUGCUCUGCGGCCCUGACAUCCAGGUGGUCUCCGUGGGCAUCAAGGACGUCUUUGGCUUGGCCGCGGGCUCUGACCAGCUCAACGUCAUCUCCUGCCAAGGCCUGGCACCCCAGGGACGGCCGGGCAUCUCACUGGUCAAGGAAAACUAUGCCGAGCUGCUGGACGACGGCUUCCUGAAGAAUAUCACCGCCCAGAUCUGCAUAGACAAGAAAUGUCCAGAUUACACCUGCCCGAUCACCUUCUCCUCCCCGGCCGACAUCACCAUCCUCCUGGACGGCUCAGCCAGCGUGGGCAGCCACAACUUUGACAUCACCAAGCGCUUUGCCAAGCGGCUGGCAGAGCGCUUCCUGACAGCGAGCCGGACAGACCCGGGCCAGGACGUGCGCGUGGCCGUGGUGCAGUACAGUGGCACGGGGCAGCAGCGGCCGGAGCGGGCGGCCCUGCAGUUCCUGCAGAACUACACGGUGCUGGCCAACACCGUGGACUCCAUGGACUUCUUCAAUGACGCCACCGACGUCAUGGACGCCCUGGGCUACGUGACCCGCUUCUACCGCGAGGCCUCAUCCGGCACCGCCAAGAAGAGGCUGCUGCUCUUCUCGGAUGGCAACUCGCAGGGCGCCACGCCGGCCGCCAUCGAGAAGGCGGUGCAGGAGGCCCAGCGGGAGGGUGUGGAGAUCUUCGUGGUGGUGGUGGGCCGCCAGGUGAACGAGCCCCACGUGCGCGUCCUGGUCACGGGCAAGGCGGCGGAGUACGACGUGGUCUUCGGCGAGCGCCACCUGUUCCGCGUGCCCAGCUACCAGGCGCUGCUGCGGGGCGUCUUCUACCAGACGGUGUCCAGGAAGGUGGCUCUGGACUAG